GGCAUCGGGUGACCCAAAACUUCCCUUGAACGAAACCCUCAGCGGCUAGAUUCCCCCGAAACCCUCCCGCAGCGUCGAUCCCAGCCGUCCGAACCGGCCUGCCCGGACCGCUGCGGCCUCCCUUGCCGCCCACCGCCUCCCGACCGUUGGAGCCGCCCCGAUCCGAAUAAAGCUGCAGCCCCACCGCCGUUCUCCUCGUCGCCCCCCAAAACACCCAAAGGCAGCCAAGCCCCCCUCCAUCUCCCUCUCUCUAUCCUUCCGAUCCAAGGGCCGAGAAACCAUUAGCGGAGCUUCUCUUUGCCGCGCGUCGCUCAGGAGUGUCGCCGGGGCGCAGCUGCAGAAGUUCCGGUCGCCGGCGUUCUCGGGGAGGCGCGGCGAUGGCGACGAGGAACCACCACGCGGCUGCCGCUCAGCAGCCGGCGAACAGAGGUGCCGCAGUCCAGGCGGGGAAGCAGAAGAUCGCCGCCGCCGGCCGCCGCCGGGCCCUCGGUGACAUCGGCAAUGUCGUGACCGAUGUCCUCGACGGAAAGAUCCAGCUGCCGGAGGGGAUCAAUCGCCCCAUCACGAGGAGCUUCGGCGCCCAGCUCUUAAAGAACGCGGCUCUGGCGAACAAGAAUGUCAUGCCUCCGGCCAAGCCUGUAGCGGCCCGUGCGGUCCCGAAGCCGGUCAGGAAGGCUCCUGCAAAGCCCGUCCCGCGCCCUGAGCAGCCCCCCAAGAUCGCCACCAGCUCCGACGAGAACAGGAAGCCGUCACAGGCUGCCGCCGGCAGCAGCAACUCUGCGCAAAAGAAUUCCAGGAAGAAGGUCGUGUGCACGCUUACAACCGUCCUCACCGCCCGUUCUAAGACCGCGUGUGGCAUUAAGCAGAAAGAGCUCAUUGAAGAUAUUGACAAGCUGGAUGGCAACAACCAGCUUGCUAUGGUGGACUAUGUGGAGGACAUCUACAAGUUCUACAAGGCCUCCGAGCACGAGAGCCGCCCCAGUGACUACAUGGGCAGUCAACCCGAGGUCAACCCCAAAAUGCGCGCCAUCCUCGCGGACUGGAUGGUUGAGGUUCACCGCAGAUUUGAGCUGAUGCCAGAAACGUUGUACCUCACCAUAUACAUCGUGGACCGUUACCUGUCGCUGCAGCCCGUGCUGAGGAGGGAGCUCCAGCUAGUCGGCAUCGCAGCGAUGCUGAUCGCCUCCAAAUAUGAAGAGAUUUGGGCACCAGAGGUGAAUGAUUUCAUCAGCUUAUCAGAUGAUGCAUUCAGUCGGCAACAGAUUCUCAUCAUGGAGAAGGCUAUUCUGAACAACAUGGAGUGGAACCUCACUCUUCCCACACUAUACCACUUCCUGGUGCGGUUCGCGAAAGCUGCAGGACGCGGUGAUAAGCAGCUCGGGCAUAUGAUCCUCUUCUUCGGAGAGCUCGCACUGAUGGAUUACCGCAUGGUGACAAUCCGUCCUUCAGUGGUUGCCGCUUCUGCGGUGUACGCUGCUCGUUGCACACUGAGGAAGAGUCCUCUCUGGACAGGCACCCUGAAGCACCACACUGGCCUCCAUGAGCAACAGCUUAUGGAAGGUGCAAAGAUCCUGGUCAGCUCCCAUGCAGCUGCUCCUGAAGGGAAGCUGAAGACCGUCUACCAGAAGUACUCAUCGGAGCAGUUUGAGUGUGUAGCUCUGCACCCACCUGCAGCUGAUCCGGGUUUUGUCUAGGGCCUUUACUAUCUUCGUUCUAUGAGUAGACAAUGGAAGGCUGUUCUGACAUCUAGAAUUCGUUUGAGUUGGCUUUGAAUCAAGAAAGUUUGAGAAUGUUAUUCUUUAACUCGUUUCUUGUACUCUAUUCUCAGGAGUAUUAUACGGUGUUGGUCAUUAUUGCUACUACUUUGAUGUACACGGUUAUUCAUAAUUGCAUGAAUUAAAUUGAUAGUAUUCUCUUA